CCUCUCCCUCCGAUGGUGCCGUCUGCUCCCCGGGCUGGCCCAAGCGGCGGCGCAGCCCAGCGCGGCGGAGGAGAGGGGGGCGCCCACCCGCCCGAGCUGGGAUGCAGCUCAGGAGGAGGAGGCGGCGGCGGCGGCGGCGGCGGCGAGGCUGCGCGCAAGACGCCGCCGGCCGAGCAGGCAGCAGCAGCCGCAGCCGCAGCAGCAGCAGCAGCAGCCCGGGCAGGCGGCGGCCGGUGGCGGCUCCCAGCUGCUGCAGGAGCCACCAUGGAGGGCGCUUCCUUCGGAGCAGGGCGCGCCGGGGGGGCGCUGGACCCGCUCGAGUUCCUCCGGCGGCCCCAGACCAUCCUGCGCCUCGUCUCGGCGAUUUUCUCCAUCAUUGUGUUUGGCUCCAUCAUUAACGAGGGUUACGUCAACACUGAAAAGUCUCCCAUCCUGAAGUGCGUCUACAACAACCACGAGGGGGCCUGUAAUUAUGGUGUUACCAUCGGCCUCAUUGCCUUCUUGGCCUGUUGCAUCUUUCUGGUGGUGGAUCUCUAUUUCCAGCAGAUCAGCAGUGUGAAGGAUCGCAAGCGAGCGGUUCUCGUGGACCUCGGCUUCUCGGGUUUCUGGUCCUUCAUGUGGUUUGUGGCUUUCUGCUUCCUGGCUAACCAGUGGCAACGAACACCGCAAAGCAAAGGGGCGAAGCAAGCGGGGGACGCAGCCCGGGCAGCCAUUGCCUUCUCCUUCUUCUCCAUCAUCUCCUGGGUCGCCCUGACCAUCAAGGCCCUCCAAAGAUACCGCCUGGGGACUGACAUGUCUCUCUUUGCCACGGAUCAGUUUCCCACUGACCCCAACGCGGGGUAUCCCGGAUACCCCACAGGGAGUGGUGUGGAAAGCACAGAAACCUACCAGAGUCCGCCGUUCGCUGAGACCCUGAACACCAGUCCGAAAGGCUACCAGGUGCCGGCAUACUAAAGGGCAGAGGCUCCCAGGAGGCCGUACCGAAAGCAGGAAUGAACACCCCUGACCCCUCUUGGGGAAACCGGCCGCGUCCUCUUCUGUGAGGCAGCAUAGGACCACUGGUUGGUUGCAAAUGUAUUCAAGAGUACCGUUUCUUUCCUCCCUCCCCCAAACGUGGCAAGUUAAAUGUGCUGAGUUAAACUUACUCUUAGCUAGUUGUGCAGUGAACUCUGUACAGUGAAUUGGUUCUCGUCUUUACCUGUCCAAGGGUAUUUUUAUAUAUAUAGAUAUAUAUAAAACAAAACAAACUAAAAAAAAAGAAAGGAGCCCAGACAGCCCACAGUGUUCUCUUUAAGUGCAAAACGCUAGGAAGGUUGCUACUCCUGCCUACUCGUGAGCUUAGGCCGGCGGGGCGGGUGCUUUGCCACAAACAAGAACUGGCCACAGGCUGGCUAGCUGGGCGAGCAAAAAGCUCACCUUGUGCUUCCAGAGCUAGCCCAGAAUGCGGCUUACAUGAGUUUUCGUUCCCCACCCGGUCCGUUUUCUGUUUUUUACUUCCUCCCCUGCGAAAGGGCAUUCCGAGCAACGUGCCAAAUUUUACUGCCAAAAAUCAGGGCUGUUUUAUUUUCAUGCCGUUGCGCACAUGUUUGUAGGUAACCCUUAGGAAAGGGUCCGCAGGCUAGCUUUGCGGUAGCCGUUUGGGCCGAAGGGCUUAUUCAGAGCGCUUUGAAGUGGAAACAGGUUCGUGCGACUUUAGAGUCGAACAAAGUUGUUGCUGUCUGAAAAGGGACCGGGUGACGGUGGGUGAAAAGCCCUGUCACAAUUGUGGCAGAGGAGACUUGGGUUAAGAAAAAAAAGCAAAUAUCCACUUGCCUUCUGAAAGGUGUAGUUUUGAAUCCAUUUGGCCGCAUAAGUGAAGAAGUAUGUAUGUGUGUCAGGAAAUGGGGCUGAGUGGAACAGAGAGAACGCAGCAGGAAUUUAGAUGUCCCUGCCUACCUCAUUUCCAUAAGGGGUAGACUAUCACUUCAAAGUGCUCAAGAAUGCUCCCCUUUUAUUUAAAAUAUUUGUAUUAGUCACCUUUCUACCUUGCAGCACUCAAGGCGGCUUACCAUGCAAACGAUUAAAAAAUACGCAAAAGACCGCAAUUUAAAACAGCAGUUAGGAACAUCGAUAUAUUUUUUAAAAAACUAAAUUAGCCUAAUGCGGACAUUCCUGAGUCUACGGCGGCUGGAUGUUAUUCCUGUUCUAGUUUUAAAGAUUUUUUUUAUGUCUGCCUUUCAGCCCUAUAAUCUGGAAAAAAAAACACACACACACGUAUACACACCCAAAAAACUCAUCAUACUUCACCCUGUUUGGGCAUCGCUUCCUGUUAUGGUAAAGGACGUUCCAGUAAAAUUAGCAUUUCAUACUGGUGGCCAGUAAAGAUCAGAAACAAACCCAAAGGCUAAAUCUCAGAAAACGGGUCCUGAUUCAGUGGCAGGGUGUGUCCCCACGCAUUCUGCAACGCUCACCUGAAGCGCUGGCCGAAUGGAGAGUCCCGUGGGGCAACCCAGGUGCCCUAUAGUGACCAGCUAUCUGAUGCUGCCCCCAUCUGGCUCCCCUGAGCACCUGCAUUUUCACCUUGUGCCUGCGAGAAGACCUUUGGGAUCCAGACAAGUGUGGUGUACACAACUUCAAAAGUAGCUGCCAUAGGAGGUGGAGCCAACCACCAAAUGGCAGGGAGUGAGGUUGUGCACAACUCAAAUAGAACAGAUGGCUCGUUUAACAGGAUGUCUUUUAAUCUGCAUAUCCAAUCAGAAGUUGAGCUGUGCAAAACCCCCACUUGGCCCCAUCCAUUUUUUAAAAAUUACUUGGUGGGUGCUAGGAACGGUGCCCAGAGACACUUUAUUGGGGAGCCCUGCCCUAACCAGUGGGGUGUACUUGAAAGUCUUUGAACGUUGGCUUAAAUCCAUAGGCCUAAACGCUGGCUUAAAUCCAUAGGCCUAAAAUAGCACAGGGGACUCACUUCUGACUGUGCACCCUAUUUAAAACUGUUCAGUGCAGGCGGAUGGCAUCCUUCCACUGAUACGCACAGAUUUAUACCCACCUUAUCCAGCCAGCGAUGAGUGUGCACAUCCCUGUCCCCCCCGGGCAUAAGCCUCUCCAGGCAAUCGGAGCUCCUCCGCAGGGGCAGGGGAAGAAAAUGCUUGCUAAAUUUAAAGUUUUAAACCAUCUUUUCUCACAGGCAGCAACUAACUUAAAAUCAACCAGUCUUGUCUUUAGAGUUCUCUGCUGCAAAUCAGUCUGUUAUUCCGAGCUCAGACAGCUGCCCGUGAACAGAGUCCUUUGAAGAGUCAGAUACGCUACAUUGGUUUGAUGCCUACAAAAUAUUUUCAGAGACGGUUAAACUGACUGACAGAGAUAAUCUUCCUUCAGCUGCAUUUCAAAUAUAACCGCGGAUCGUGCUGAAGUAAACCUGGCACCGCCGCCACUGCCCCCCCCCCCCCCGAAAUGCCCGGUCCCGGCCAGAGGACGGAUUUAAUACAGGGUAAAAGCAGAACUGUAGCAAUAUUUUUCCUUAGAGGGAACACUGGCCUCUUAGCAGCACAAACUAAAAUAAAAUUGUGUUUCAAUAUUCUUGGGGAGAGGGAUGGAAUCCUAUCAUUAAAUUUUAAGUGUUUCCUUAAAUUGAUUGUAUAUGUGAAAUAAAUGUCUGUUCGGUACAGUGUAUUUUUUCUAACUAUAAAGAAAUCCAUUCCAAAAUAUCCUUGUACUAACUGUAUAAAGAAAAACAAUGUGGGGCGGGGAGGGGAAAGGCUGCAUUUGUCUAACUGGUUUUUAAAAAAUGUCUUGGUCAGUGGUGUUACCGUGCUAUUAUAUUACAAUUCUGAAUGUACGCACUGCUCAUGCCUACAUAGUUAUUCUUAUCCCCCCCACCCCCAAACCGAUCCCACCCCUUCCUAGACUUGAUGGCACACUGUUGGAAUUAACGCUUUCUGAAAAGCCCUGCAGGCAUUUUGGUGAGCGGAGUUGGGAGCGCCAGAAGAGUCCUUUUUUUGCAGUUCAGCCGGCAGAGGGGACCACUCCGGUGGAUUGUACCUUGAGGGCAGACCUCUGCCCCGUUUGUAGCACUCCAGAGCCUGGUGGCUUAGCCAGAGACAAGCUCCCUGCUCAGACAUUUGAUCCUUUUUUGGUGGUGUGUCCAAAGCAGGAGACACGACGGCCAACUACCUUCCCUGAGGACAGUGGACACAUUUCUCCUUCCUUUGUGUCAUCCUUAUGACAACUCUGCGAGCAGCUAGGCUGGGACUAACAGCGCCUGUCUCUUUCGAUUCAUGCUGGCCGGCACUCAGUAGCUGUCUGCCCAGAGGGAACAAACAGAGUUACCUGUUAGGUGGGAUUUUUGUAACACUUAUUUAGCUGGGAUUGAACCACAGUGUUGCCUGUACCUCCAAGCCUCCAGGAAACAAUGACUUCCUUGUUCACGCACAAAAUUAUGAGCGGCAACUCAUUUAACCUUCUUACCAGCACAUCUCAAUGUCUUUUAGAGCAGUAGUACCCAAAUUUGGGGGGGCACAGGAAAAGAGAGGGGCUGGUUUUAGCACAGAAGAUAAAUUAAUCUCAUAAUGCAAACUUCUUAUGAGUUUAAAGCAUCUACCCACCAGAAAGGCAGAUUCGCUGUGUUUACCUCGGUUUCCAGGGAGUUUGGUGACUGUGAAAUCCCCACUGUAGAGUCACUGCCCAUUUAUUUGCCCCUCCUUGGAGAUGAGCUCCUGUGGCAGCUCUGCCUGAGUUACUGUUCUAGGUUUGCUAGCAUUUCAGAAGGCAUGGGCUCCUCCAAAUGCGGUAUGAUCCUUUCUCUUGCACAGUGCAAAACUUAACCCCUUUUAAGCCAGAAGAUGUGUCUCCAAUUUUAAUUCAGAAAAAAAAAAUAGCAACUCCUUUAGCCGUUGUCUACGGGAAUCUGCUAAAAGCAGGCAUGAGAUCACUCCAGAGCCUCACGCCGCCAUCUGAACUUCUUGCCUGCAUAGAAGGGUGACCUUCGGUUGUGGGAAAGCCCUCAUCAGUGAUCGGGAAAGCCCUCAUCAGCUGGCCAGAGAAAAUGCAGCAGCUGCCAGUAAGAGAAGUCAGGAAAUAAGGCUUGGUAGUCAAAUGCAGUUUCCCGUUUCAAAAAGCGAGCAGCCACGACGGUUUCCCUCUAUCCCCUCUCUCAGAUCAUCGCGGUCAUUAUUUAUUUACUUGCUUCAGUUAUAUCCUUUUUCCCAGCGGGAACUCAGAGCUCUUCAGCUCUUCCCCUGCUUUUCCACUGUGCCUCAUCACAACCCUGUGCGACGGGUCGGGCUGACUGGCCCAGUCGCCCAGCAAGCUCCAGUGGCAGUACAGGGUUUCGAACCCAGACCUCCCAGAUCCUACUCCAACACUAAAAAGGCUACACCACACUGGCUUUCCACGCAGCGCUUCACGCCCCCCCCCCCUCUUUCGGCCUCUGCUGUUCCAGGAAGCAAGACUAGUUAGCCAAAUUCAAGAAGAGGUUUUUGUCUGAAUGUUGGGAGAGAUUUGCUCCCAAGGACAGCAGGUCGAGGAUGAAACCAAUUACCUCAAGGCUGGGGGUGUGUGUGUGUGUGUCUUCGAGCAGAGGCCGUUUGGGGUGCCGUCCUUCUGGCUUACGUGUGUUAGACUAGGUGACCUCUAAAGCGUCUUUUAACUCCUUUGACCCCUGUCACGUCCUCCAGACUGCCACUCCAGAAAGGCAAUACUCCCCCCGUGUGUCUUUUGUCAAAUCUCUCCGGAGUAGAAACAGGUUAACUUCCUCCUCGGAGGAAGUCCAGCUCUGCCUCCCUUCAGUUAUUCCAAUACAGCUUCUUUUUAAUUCAGAGGAGGGGACCUUUCCCUGCAAUAGACAGACGGGGGAACCUGUCCUCGUUCUCACACCGCAUCAAUAAGACUGGUUGCAGACCAAAAAGGGGAAAGGCCCGGUCCUCGCAACCUGACAUCGGCCGCAAUUUGCAUUUCGUCUCGCCUUCUUUUCGUAUUUUUUUGAAUAAGAUACCAAACAUGCAGAUACCUCUCUUCAAACGCAACUUACUUCACAAAAAUGGAACGGGGGGGGGGGGGGGUUUGCAGUUGUGAGUUAGCCCUGUGUGUCGUUGUAGAAAAGUGGAUUGUGCAAAAGUUAGUUUUUAAAGACGUUUUACAAAUUUUUGUAUGUACAUAAACGGUAGAGCCAGGUCCAGUAUACUGGAUCCUGCGGAGUGCUUUCCUCUGCCUUCCUUGCUCUGGAGGAGAGCACUGCGCUGAAUGGGACAACUCCAAGAGGGACGCCACCUGAUAACCUUUCAGAGUGAGAACUCUCAACUGAUCUGUAAUUGUGUUCCUUUAAUUGUCUUGUGUGCCAACUGCAACAUUAUUUUCCAAUAAACAUUUUAAAACAAAA